AUGAUGUCGCAUUCCACCCUCCUCCACCUGCUGCUCGCCAUCGUCGGCCUCGCAUGCCUCGUGGGAGUGCAGGCCGUGCCUACGCCGCCGCGCGGGCCGGUGCGUCAGAGGGUCAAGCGUGACGCGGUGCCCGAGAGCGACGAGGCCAUUGUGCGGCCAAAAUAUUUCACGGAGAGAAUCGGUGAUCCCCAUUAUGAUGCCCGAUUCUUCGUGAGGCGCCUCGACGACGACGACCAGCUCCGCGUCAUCCGCUCGCUCAUCCAGACCUACCUCGACACGUUUCACCAGCUCGGCAUCGACACCUGGCUCAUGCACGGAAGCCUUCUCGGCUGGUGGUGGGGGAAAAAGGUCAUGCCGUGGGAUUCCGACAUCGACGUCCAGGUGACGGAAAAGGACAUGUACUUCCUCGCCGCCUACCACAACAUGAGCACCUACUACUACGAGGAGGGCAGCCUCGGCGAGGGCCGCCGCUUCCUGCUCGACAUCAACCCUCACUUCAGAUACCGCGGCCGCGACGACUACCUCAACACCAUCGACGGUCGCUGGAUCGAUAUGACGACGGGGCUCUACAUCGACAUCACCGCCGCACGCUACGACCCGGCCCACGAGAACGGCGAGGGCAUCCUGUACGACAAGAACAACCACGAGUUCAGGGACACGUACCUCUAUCCCAUGAGAAACACAGAGUUCGAGGGCAUGGCCGCCAAGAUUCCCUUCCGCUACAAGGCCAUGCUCGAGUCGGAGUAUGGCAAGGCGGCGUUGGAGAAGGAUACCUACAACGAGCACAAGUUUGACAAGGGCCGGCAGCAAUGGGUCCUCACCCCGAAGUAG